CGAGCUCUCAUACUGGACUGGGGCACACUUUAGUUCUGAGGCUGAGACAGUGCCGGUACCUGCCCGACAAUAGUAUUGGGCGGGCGCACAGAACCUCCGGGCGAGACAACUGCAACAUGAAGUUCCUACACCGAGUAUUUGCGCUCCUUCUGAUAUCUACACUAGUCCUGGAGUCAGGAGCAUGGUGGCGGCGGCGUCGCCGUCGCGCACCACCACCGGGCUGUACCAACUGGACGGCUUGGUUCGACCGUGACAACCCCUCGGGCACCGGGGACUGGGAAACCCUGACCGACCUCCGCUCCGAGAGUCCCGGGCAGAUCUGCUCCACACCGACACGCAUCCAGGCCCGCGUCAUCAGCACCGGGCAGGACGCGGCACUGACGGGAGAACAGUUCGCUUUCUACGAUACAACAAAAGGCUUCGUCUGUAAGAACAACGACCAAAGUGAUAACAUGUGUCUAGAUUAUAAAGUCCGUUUCUGUUGCGCGAAUACUGGUGGAGGUGGUGGUGGAGGUGGUGGAGGUCGUGGGGUAUAUCCACACCAUCUGUAGACUGUGUGUUGCUACAACGCUGAUUAGACGUAAAUAGCCUGCUUAAACAUUAUUAAGGGUGGUGGAAGUUGAUUUGGUCUGUUGUAUAUGGUUGGAUAAUUUUUUAAGCAUAACGUUUGCAUUACCUUGUGUAGAAUAGUUGUAAUAAUUUUAUGUGUCCAAAGACAUGAAUAGGCUUUACAAUAUUAAUUUUUUUUUCCUGCGGCUGCUGUAGACUAACAAACAAUACCGAAUUUGAAACAGAACAAAGCCUCCACCUCUCACCAAACUCUAUCUGUACUAUUUAAAACUAACCACUAAAACAACCAAAAUAAAAUACAGAUAAAACACACAGGGCACAAUAUCUAAUUUGACCAUCAGUACAAAAGUGAGCGAAUGCAAUGAUGACACAAAGCACAUGUAUCAACUUCCAAAAAUCAUACACAUACGUUGAUUUCUCAUAAGCUAAGGGCACAACCCACUGUACGUGUUAUUUGUCCGUACCUUUUCGGGGAGGCCACGUCCGACACGUUUUUUUUCGAAAACGUGGGGAAGGAAGGACAAGAGCAGGGAUGACGUACGUCUAAACACACGUCACUCGCACGGUUGCGCAUUGAGUAUGUGGCCUGCACGCCACGCAUUGCCGUGAGUGGUUGCGUGCCAUCGUUCGUUGCGUAAGUGGUAAGUGAUUUGUACGUACGGCAUCUCUGUGCGAUUGCCACGUUACCAUAUGCAGGCCGUACUUACACGUGCUGCUUACGUACGGUUUCCUUACUCACUCGCAUUGGCUGUACAGGGCACGCGCGUCGCCCUCGUACUGGUGUUGAAUCCGCAGCCCUAAAGCAGAGAAAGUUUUGCAUGCACGUAAAGUGAUACGGCGUGUCUGCGUGCUCCCAAAUCCGUUGGAGUCCGUACGAUUUCGUACGGAGGCGGAACUUACAACUUACGAAUCCCAAAAGAUUUUCCACGUUUUUCAACGUAGACAGCACGCAGUUGCACGUACGGCGGUUUGUGCCCAUAGCUUAACAUUUGCAUUUCAUGCAUUUCAUUCUUUCAAGGCUAUCUACGAAAAAGUAUUGAACAUAAUAAAGGUGUCUGAUAAUUGCUCAACUACAUUCAAAACUCUAGAGAGAACUAUCGAUGGUCUAAUGGGGAAAUAUUUUAAUUGUAUACGUAAAUUAUAAUGUCAAUAUAUUAUCCACCGUUGUGAGCCUGUUAGCGUGUACUUUUCGAAUUCAAUCGGGGUAUCUUAUUAAGUCCUCGCAGUUUACGCUUGCUAUAUACAUUCAAUUAGAUAUGAAAUUCAUGAUAUAACUAGUAGCGUUUGAAUGCCUUAAAAUAUGCUAUGACUCUUCUUUCACAUAGGUAUAUGUAGUUAACAUUUUGAUUUGGUUACAUCGCAUUCCUUAUACGUUGCGUAUUGAAUUCAAAUAUAUUGUCUUUUUUGCGUGCUAAAUCUUCACAUCUAUGUAUAUUAUAAAUUACGUAGAUUUUCGACAUUGGUGUCAUAUAGGCCCAUACAGACCAGGCAUUGUAAGGUAUGAGAAAGCAAAAUAAAAUUCAUUUA